AUGGAUCCGAUGGUGCUGGAGCGAUUCUUGCUGACUCUUUGCUGCACGGAGAUCGAUGAGGAGCAAUCGACUGAGCAAUCGACUGAGCAAUCGAAGGCUGACGUCAGUCGCUGUGAUUUCCUCCACGCGGACUUCCUGAGCGAUCUGAAGUCGUUCUGCCGGCCCGCGCUGAGCGACGCGGUCCGUUCGCACGCGCAGUCGCUCUUGUUCUCCGUGCUGCGCAGCCUGGCGCAGAAGACGGAGGACGGAUCGCAGGCGGGUGUUUCAAAGGAGAAGGAGCUGUAUGUGUACUUGGUGCUGCAGGAGUAUCAGCGACUGGAGGCGCGAAUUCGAUCGACGGAGGGCGUUUCGCUGGUUCAUGAGUGGGAGGAAGGGGAAACGGAGGUCCGUUCGAAGCUGCUGGCGAGUGUGGAGACGCUGGUGGAGAAGAUAAAGAAGGAGGACUCGAAGCAGGAAGUGAUGUUUACGAAUUUGCUGAUCAACAUUGCGAUCGAGCAGAUCUUUAAACCGGAGUAUUCGCAGUUCAUUCCGGAUGUUUUGGAGUGUUAUGAGCAGUUUUCGGCGACGAAACGCCGCGAUGACGAGCGGCCGAUCGCGGUGUUGCUGGAAGUGGUGCUGAUUCUGCUUCGAACGAGCAGCAAAGUGCUGCGAGACAACGCGGUGAAGCUGUUUGGAGGGCUGUGCGAGGAUUUGACGGAGGAGGAUGUGAACGAUAUGCUGCAAGUGUUCUGGACGAACGAAAGUUUGGAGGAAGAAGACGAAGAGGAAGAAGAUGGAGAAGAAGAAAGCGAAGAGAUGGAAAUUGAAAUGAGUGAAGACGAAAGUGAAGCCAAAGAAGAAGAAGAAGAAGAAAAAGAAGAGGAGGAGGAGGAAGAAGAAGAAAGCGAAGAUAUAGAAUCCAGUGAAGAAAAUGAAUCUUCGAAAGAGAAAGAAGCGGGUCCCGAGGAAGAUUCCGACGUGGAUUGGGAUCAAGAAGUCGUUGCUUUCCCUUCUCUUUACCUCUAG